AACAUAUUGUCUUUUUGACAGAAAAAAAUUAUUGUAAAAAGGAAAACAAUAGUAAAAUUAAAUGCUCAAAAGCAUUGAGUGGCAUUGAGCACAGUAAUGUCAAAUGGAGAAAGAGAAUUUAAACCAAAUGUUUCGAAAAUUAGAUUUACGGAUGAAAGUAAGUUUCGGAAAUUUAAAUUUGUUUAAAUAAUAAAGUGAAAUAUGGGAAAAUUUACAUUCUAUGAUUCGCUUAUAGUUACGGAAUCUAAUCAAAACUCUGACAGAAGAUCCAGGCGCUUACUGCAUGGAUUGAAAAUAAAAAAGCACACUACGAUAUUUGCUUCGAUGUGUCCCGAUGAAAUUUUGGACUAUUAUGAUGAUUAUGAGACAAGAACUUAUUUUACUACUUUAAUGUUGGGCGAUGUUUCAGGUUUCACUGAUUUGACGGAAAAAUAUACGAAAUUCGGAAAAGGGGGACCAUCGAAGUUGACUGAAAUAUUGAACACCUAUAUUGGCUCCAUGGUACAAGAAAUCCUUUCUCGUCGUGGCGAUGUGUUGAAAUUUUCCGGAGAUGCUUUAAUAGUAAUGUGGAAAUUACAGGAAGGAAUGUCAAUGCAGGACAUUGCUGUCGAAGCAAUGCAAACUGCCUGUGUCAUUCAGAAGCAUUUUGGAACCUUCGAAACUGACGUAGGAGUCACCCUUAAAGUGAAGUUAGCAAUUGCUUCGGGAAAAACGAGUUUCACGUCAAUUGGAAACGCUAAAUUAUCCUCUUAUUAUAUAAUUACGGGAAAGCCAGUUUGGGAUGUGAAAUACGCUGAAACCUUGUGCAGAGGUGGAGAUAUUAUAGUAGCUCCAAGUUGUUGGAAAUGGGCCAAUACUGCAGAUUAUAUUUACACAAAAUUACCGGAUGGAAUUCAUAUUCUCAUUUUGGCCUGUCCUGUUUUAUAUGAAAGUGGCAGCAAACAGGAGUUUGAAGAUACAACUGCAUCGGAAUCCGAACAUGAAGAAUAUCUCAGACGUGUAGACUCUCAAAGAUUUGAAUACAAUUCAGAUUUUAUAUCAAGAUAUAUGAGCAUCGACAGUCAAUAUCUGACUCCUUUAGACCAAAUUGAUUAUCGGCUUUUUAAUUUUAAGCAGUUCAAUAUUUUUCAAGUUCGUCCAAAGUUGAUAAAAGUGACAAAAGAUUGUUUGAAAAAUGCACUGAGCAGUUACAUUCCCAGACCAGUCGUUCGAUCAGUCGAACUGGAUGAACCAAUGGAAUAUUUAACCGAAAUGAGACAAGUGGUUAUAGUGUUUGUUAACGUAAUUACGAAAAAUGCCAAUAAAAUGCGACUAAUUCGUCUGGUCAAUCAUACGUACACUUUAGUUUGUGAAAUCGUGAGUGAAAUGCAAGGUUGCGUAAACAAAACUUCUCUUUUCGACAAGGAUUUAAUGUUCCUGUGCAUUUUUGGAUUGCGAGGAGACAAACACGAAUUGGAAUCUCAAAUUGGUUUACGUUGUGCUUCCAAAAUACGUCAGAGUCUGAUUGAAUUGCGAAAUAUUGAAUCGGUCUCAGUUGGAGUGACGACUGGAAUCACAUACUGUGGAGUGGUUGGUCAUAUUUUGAGAAGAGAGUACACCGUGAUUGGUAUGGCUGUUAAUAAAGCAGCCAGGCUUAUGUGCGCUUACACUGACAAAGUUGUUUGCGACAGAGACAGUUUUCUUCAUUCGCACUUAGAGGCCAAACAUUUUGUUUUGCAAGAAGUAAAACAACUCAAAGGCAUAACAAAUAUUGGUCCUGUUUAUGAAUUUCUGGAACAAGCUCAAGAAUCUGGAUCACGAUUCAUACCAAGUAAGUAUCCACUCCUUGGAAGAGACGACGAAUUAAAAGUUUUUGAAAAAUUGCUUCAAAAUUUACUUCAGUCACACAAUGAAAGAAGUCAAAAUAAAAGCACAAGACUGAAUAAAAGUGUUUUAAUAAUAAGAGGUGUGUCUAGAAUAGGAAAAACGAGAUUAAUGAACGAAUUUACCCAACUAGUUCCAACGAACACUUCCUUUAACUUCAUAUCUCUAGGGUCGAAUGAUAGCAAGAUUCCGUUCAGACUUGUGUAUUUAAUAUUCUCUGCUCCAUUGGGAAUCACCGAAAAUUCAUCAGUGAAGGAUCGAACGAGUAAAUUGCUUCAUAAUUUGAUGAAUUUUCAAGAACCUGAGUAUCUCUGCGUUCUCAAUGAGCCAUUUAAGGUUGAUUUUAAAAUAAGUACAGAAUACGGAGAAUUAGAAAGAAAAGAAAAACAACGAUUUCUAAGAAAAGUUUUAGUUAUUCUAAUGUAUACUUGUUUCGAAAAAUUGUCCGUUAUUUUUAUUGAUGAUAUCGAAUACGCCGACAGAGAAUCCAUUUCAUUAUUAAAUACCUUAAUGAAGUUGGAUUUGAUUUUAUUUGUGAUCGGCUCUGGGCAAAAGAACACGAAUACUUAUUCCUUUCAUAAGGACGUCAUCGAAAGAACACAGGUUCAAAAUACGAUUGAUCUGCUCGGUGUGAAGAGAUGGUUUCAUACAGGCCUAGCUUGUCAGUUUCUGAAUUGCCAAGCUAUUCCCGCUGAACUGGAAAAAACAAUUCAACAAAAAAGUUUGGGUAAUCCCGGAUGGAUAGAAAGUUAUCUUAUUAGUUUAAAACAGUCAGAUGGAUUGUGCAUAAAAAGUGUAUCUAAAACUGAAGUUAUAAAAAUGGGUCUAGUGUUUCCUCCAAAGGAAAUGCUUAUCAGACAAAUACUUGAAGAUGCUACAAUACCGAUAAUCAUGCAUAAAAAUAAAAUGAAUCCAUGGAAAAUGUACGGCUCCAGUUUUAAGGAAAGUGAUUUGGAAGUUGAGAAGAAAAAAUUAGAAAUAGAUAAUGAAAAAUUAAUUACAGUUUGUGUCUUAACGGAAAAAUUUGUCACUGAAGAUUUGGGCACCGAAGUAACAAUAGACGUCAUAAUCCUGAAGCUUUUUGACUCAUUGAGUCCACUCGAUCAACUUCUUCUGAAAUGUGCUGCUGUCUUGGGAGAAACUAUCGACCGAAAAAUGAUGGAAAGUUUAAUGCAGGGCAUAGCUCAAAAAGAAAUUGCAAACACUGUUGCAAAAUUAUUCGAAAUGAGAUUAUUGGGGUGUGCUGUUGGCGAUUUUAACCGCAGUCCCGGACCGUUGAUUUUUUUUAAAACUUUGCAAGGUUCAAUUUUUGAUAUUGAAAUUCGAUGUGGUUGCUCUGGAUUUGAAAUUGACGAGUCUUUGGCAGAUUUUCCAAAAUAUGCCUCGUGUCGAUUGAUGCGGUUCAAAAUGACUCUACUUCGAGAGACAACUUACAAGCUUCUCACUGAAAAUCAAAAAGUCGAAUUCCACAGUAAGGCAUUAAAGUAUCUUCAGAGAACAACAAGACGUUGUGUUUCAUGUGGUGAAGGCAGGUUUGCGAAACUGUUGGGUACAACGACAGUGGAGGAGACAAUUCCAAGAGACACAUUAGACGUCAUUGAUCACCUGCUGGAAACUCAGUCUUAUUCUCGUAGUUCCUCAAAAGCACUUCAUGAUAAUACUAAACGACGAUCAACAAUGACGAAGAAAUUGGCAACGUCUUGUUUAACUAUUUGUAAAUCAGUCGAAAAAGUCCCAACUAGAACUUUUUCUCAAAUGGACUUUAGUAAUUGUCAAUGCAACAUGAUUCUUUUAACAGUUUAUUCACAAAUGGUGGACCACUGUCAAGGAAUGGGUAUGAAAAGUAAAUUAUUAUCAGCAAUUCUUGAAUUUACUGUCGUCUGUAUAUCCACUUGCAAUAUACCUCAAGCCCGAAAGUUGGUUAAUGAAGGAGAAUUAAUUUUAGAACAGAUGAAUGGAACAAUAAAAGAUGAUUUAAUAACUCUUCCGUUCUUAAAAGGAAAGAUUUAUACAUUGCAAGGAAGAUGUUUUCUUGAAAGUGGACUUCUAACAGAGGCGGAAAAUUGUUUCAACUUGGCAGCAAAGACAAUGGGAUAUUAUUUUCCCAAAAGUCAAAUUAUGAUUAAAAUAAAAAUGUCAGUUAUGCUUAAAAAGUUAAAGAGAAUGUUGACAUGGCUCAGGCCGUGUAAAGUGGGAAUUUUAGAUGGCAUUGCUGCUGAUUAUGUCGAUCAAUUCGCCCAUUGUUUAGCUCAAAUGUUUACUAUAUUCAGGUUGAAAGGAAUGUUUAUUCAUGCACAUUUGGCAGCAAUUUGGGGAUUAAUAGUGGCCCUUGAAUCCAGCAAAGAUUUUCUCGUUCUCUGCACAGCUUAUGCCAAUAUGAUGGUCACAGCUAAUUAUAUCGAUCUGGGAAAUAUUAUUUCACAUUUGGAAAAUGAUGGCUUGAGAAUUUGCAGUCAAAGGAAAGAUGCAUUGGAAUUGCAAGAAUUAAAAGCAGUGGGCGAACUAUAUUCGGGAAUAUUCUCCUCCCGAUGGUUGCGUGGAAUGACUUUGAAAUCCUGCAAUUUAGGAUUUAUCGGAAAUAGAAUUGCGUCAACCGUCCGAUCAACUGUUCUGCAAUUGACAAUUUUACCCAGACUUAUUCACGUCAUGUUGGUGACUUGUCGAACCGAUGAAGCUAUUUACUUAUUAAACGAAAUGGAAAUGAUUUCGAAUAUUGACAUGGACAAAUCGGGUAAAACUUGGUAUUAUGCACUUUGUGUUGAUGUUCUUUUGGAAACCAGUAUAUCAGUCAUUCCAUUUUAUAAGUGCGAACAAUUUUUCCAAGAAGAAAGUGACACUAUGUUAAAUCUGCGAGAUGCAGAGGCAGAAAGAAGAUUCUUCACUUGCAUGUGGCUUUGGUACGUGCGAGGAGGCGAUUGGGAGAUUGCAACAGUUUGGAAAAAUAGAAGAGUAGCUAACACUGAAGUCGUAAUGGAUGGACACACAAUUUCAUCAGCCAUUACAAUUUUAAAAAGAGUUGAAGGCUUGCUAAUACUCUACGGUAAAUUUCUGACAAUUUAGUUGAAACAAAUUCAUCAGACUAAAACUAACAAACGAAAUUUCUUUCUUUCUAGUAAAUAAAGUUGAUAACAGAAAUGCCGAAGCGGCAGCUGAAACUCUCCAAGAGAUACGAGAAUUGUUUAAAUUUCUUAAGAAACUGCAGAAAAUUAUAAAAGUCCUUUGUUGCAGGUUAAUGAGAAUUUGCAUUAAAAAAAUGAUUAAUUAUAAAUAU